AGAGUGGUGAUUUAUCAACGUGACUGCCGCCUCCUGAACCGGAAGCCUAAUUUCCGGACUUCGAAGAAUUUUCUGAGUUCUUGUACAUUCCAAUUCCACCCUACCAGUUCCAAUGAUUUUUUCAGUUUGCGUACUCGGUUGUAAGACGUGCGGAGCGUUAUUUAAUAGUCCAGAAUGGGGAUCAGGAUCAAGAUGGCGUUGACGGAGCGCUGACGCAGAUGGAUUAUUUGCUUGGAUAUACGAGAGAUAUCUGCGAAAAUAUUCCGGAGGAGCGGACGGUGCAAGCGCAAGAGCUUUUUGAUGUGUUAAUAAACUACUCCAGUCGCUUACGGGAUCUACUGCAAGAAGACGAAAACGGGACUGUGUCCGUUUUUCCCAUCACGCAGCACACCAAAGUAGAUGGAAAAAUAUUCCUUCCGGAGGAUGAUUUAGCUGAUCUGCGGUUCGAGGGAUUUACUGUGAAUGAUAUUGCUGAGCUGUAUGGAGUUUCUAAGAGGACCGUCACGUACAGAUUGGCAGAUGCUGGCUUGAAUAGGAAAUACUCGGAAUUGAGUGAUGUGGAUUUGGAUCGCGUGAUUGUGGACAUUUUAAAUUCGUUCCCGAACGUAGGAUAUCGUUACAUUAACGGCCAGUUAAAAUCAGGAGGUUUAACAGUUCAACGCACGAGAAUUCUGGCUUCUAUGAGAAGAGUGGAUCCUUAUGGCAUAGCCAACCGGUUUUUCCAUUUUGUUCCUCGCCGCGUUUAUUCAAAUGCUGGACCGAACGCGUUGUGGCACAUUGAUGGCAAUCACAAGUUGGUCCGCUGGGGAUUCGUAAUUCACGGUAUUAUUGACGGUUAUUCUCGGACGGUUAUUUCCCUCGUCGUUGCAACGAACAAUCGGGCAAGCACAGUGCUGCAAGCCUUCCUCGUUGGUGCUGAAGCUUGGGGAGUACCGUCCAGAGUGAGAAGCGAUUGCGGCGGAGAAAAUUUCGGAGUUGCACGCUGGAUGGAGCAUUAUAUGGGGCCGAACCGCGCCAGUAUCAUUAUGGGACCGUCAGUUCACAAUCAGCGGAUAGAACGGCUUUGGAGAGACUUGGGUCGCGUUGUGAUUAAAUUGUUUCGAUCUAUCUUCAUUCACAUGGAAAAUAUGCGAAUUUUGGAUAUGACCAGUGCCCGCGACAUGAUGGUUUUGCACUUAGUAUUCACGGAAAGAAUUCAGGAUAAGCUAAAUAGCUUUAUUUCCUUUUUUAAUAACCACAAAUUGCGCACGGAGGGCGAGAAGUCACCAAGGCAGUUGUUUGUUCUCGGCUGUAAUCAGAAGGGAUUGAAAGGUUUUCCUCUGGAAGAAAUCUUGUCGGCUGAUAAUGCACUGCCUGACGCCGACGUGGAUGUCGCAGAAAAUUUCCCGCAGUACUUAAGAAAUCAAGUUGGCCAUUCCAGGGAUUCUGUCCCGGUGUGCGAUAUAAUCAGCCGCUUCCCUGUUGAAGCUCAGUUAAUUCGGGCUAGUAUGGAUCUGAUGCGGGAUGAUGGGUUUCAUGGAAUUCAGGUUUUUUGCGAAGCAAAGGAAAUGUUACAACAUUAUUUUGGAUAAAGCUGCGUUAAGGAGUCCGGCAUCCCUGCACGCACGCGGGAUCGGUUGACGUGGAUCACGCUGCAUCAUUUAUCUUCCCAUGGCUAUGAAGAUCGGCAGAUGAACAAGCGACGACUCUGUCAGCUGACUGGCAUCCAGGAUGAUUUGCGGGCAAGUUUUGCGGCCAUGAAGGCCAUCGCCAUAGCCACCAAACUGAAUCCCCAACAGCGUGCGGAAACAAUCAAGGGUAUUUUAAAUGACCUUGACCGAGGCCAAGAGGCCCAGAAAAUUCUACAGACGUUCGGCAUCAAAAUUAGUAAAGAAUUGCUACGUAUGCCUGGGCGAGUGUUACAGCGCGAACAGCUUUAUCUGUGGUCAAUCACCAAAUCCCGUUACUGUUCCGGAAAACGGCGACUGGACGCGUAAUACGACCGGUGGAAAGCUUAUGGAUCCCAGAGGGGCGGAACAUUGGACCUUGAUUUUCGAAAAGCGGGACCAAAAAUGUGCGGAAGAUUCUGCUCGCGCCUUCCGUGACGCCAGUCAAAGUCUUGGCAUGCCGCUCGGAAAUCCUCAGAUAAUGAUGCUAACUGCCGAUCAAAACAUCACAUAUGCCCGUAGCAUUGCUAAAGCCGCGGUGGAAAACGAAGUCAUUAUGAGUCGUACACUGGGAAGGUCAGAUCGUUUGCGCGCAUUUGCGCAGAAAAUCGCUUUGCAAAUCAAUUGCAGGCUGGGUGGAUCCAUUUGGCAUAUGGCUAAAAUGCUGACAAUAAGAAAGAUCCAAUGAGUCUUGUGGUGAUUGGAGUGGACGCCUGUUACGACAUCAAACGAAGAAAAGAUUCGAUCGCAGCUUUGGUGGCUAGCACGGACGACGAUUUCACGCACUGGCAUAGUCGUUGUAACUUUCAGCCACCAAAAACGGAUUUGGCAUCAGGGUUAAAGUUUUCGUUCGCUUGUGCAAUGAUUUCGUAUGCAAGGGUAUGAGCGUUUUAGUAGAACAUAAGAGAUUUGACUUUCUCAGACGUUUUGCAGGUAGUCCCGGUCAAUGCCGUUGAUUUAUCAAGACCAGUCCAUUUCGGAAUCUCACAUCCAUACUCGGAAACACUACAGUAUUUUUGAUGAAAGUACAGUAUUGCUGACGGAAGGUCUUGCAUUUUUCUUGCGUGCCGUGUAUUAAAUUAUGAUUUUAUUUUCGUGUUGAUAUUAAUUUAUGCUUAAAAAAGUACCUGUUAAGUAUCUCAUGGUCAGUCAGCGGUUACGAUACUCGUACUGCCGAUUACGUUAUCCUGUACGUUACCACUACCGUAAAGUCCAUGUAUUAUUUUCCAUGGCUGUAUG